AUGAAAACUUCACUUGAGGCAUUUAAUUUUUUUAAAUUUCUCACUAGUGGAAGGUGUAAUUUUGAAGUUGAAGGUUUACAUUUUCACGACCAUUCUAAGGAGAAGAUUCUAUUUGAAAGACCAAUGCAAGAACAAUACAAUUGUUGUUUAGCUCUGAAAUCCGAGGGAAAUGAAUUAUUUAAAAGUGGCGAUUAUAAAUCUUCUUUAUCUAUGUAUAAAAAGGUUAUGAUACAGCUUGACUACGCAUUUCCCGAGGACGAAGAGUUUUUGAAAAAGUUUGAAGAUGUUAAAUUAAGCACAAACUUGAACAUGGCAAUUGUAAAUUAUAAAUUAAAUAAUUUCAACGACUCAAUAAAACAUUGCAAUGAAGUUCUAUCUGAUUAUCCAGAUAACUUGAAGGCGUUAACUAGGAAGGCGAUGUCAUUUAUGGCACUUUGUAAAUUAAAUGAAGCAAGAUCUAUUUUGAUGAAAAUAUUACAAUUGGAUGAAAAUUCGGAGUAUGCAAAGAAGGAGCUGGAGAGGAUAAAGCAAAUUGAAGGCAAAACAAGCUUACAGGAAAGGAAUCUCUACAAAUCAAUGAUAACAAAAUUUUAAACAAUUGUUUAUUUAACUAGGGGAUUUUGUCAAAUAAGAUCAUUUAAAUAUCAUUAAACAAUUUUAUGAGUUAAAUGUGUAGGUAAAUAUGUGCAUGAAAUCCAAGAAUAAGUUGAGUUUAAAGUGAAGUGGUGUAUCAAAGAAUGGUAAAUUGAAAGUAACGAGGAAUAAGAAUGGAAUCGAAUGGGCAAAAAAUUCUAAAAAUUACUUGAAAAGCAUAAUAAUAGUGACAAAAUGAAAUUUUAAUUAUCUAUGUGGAAAUGAUCCCCAUCAAUUAGCUGUUGUUUUUAUCAUAACCAUUUUCC